GUUCUAUUCGAUAUCGCUCUUAGAGUACACUGGGUUGUAUUUACAUCUCUAGCGGCAGAAAAGUGCAGAAAAUUUCUGAAAAUUUCUAAAUGCAAAGUGGAAGAGUGUGUUUAGUGAGAUCUGAGUGCAAUGGAAGCUAGUUUAGAGGAGAACAUGGACAGCGAUCAUGCUAGUUCGCCGAUAGGCAAGGCGGAGGACAACGAAUCUCCGCCAGGAGUGGGCCUCAAUGGAAUCGGCAGUGGAAAUGGCAGUAGUAACCAGGAGGCCCCCAAUAAUGGCGUUGCUAUAGCCAAUGAAAAGCCAAGCGAGGCUCAGUGGAGCAAACCCUUCAAUGCAUUCAGCGGACGACCCAUUGGGGAGCACACAGCCCAGCAGCAGGCGCUGCAGCAACAGCAGCAACCACCACCGCAGCAGCAGCAGCCGCCGCAACAGCAACCUCCUCCUGGAGCAAACGGAGUGACUGGACCCCCUGAAAUAUGGGUGGAAACCAAGGCGGAGGAUGGCCGCUCCUAUUAUUAUCAUGCGGUUACCAGGGAAACCACAUGGACACGACCGGAGGGACCCACAGUCAAAAUAAUGACUCAAGCCGAAGUGGAGGAGAUGGCCAAGCGACCCGCCCAGGCCGCCAAAACGGAAGCCAAGCCCGCCGACACGUCGAACGACGUUCCAGCUGUGUCGCCGCAUAUCACCUCGCAACCGCCGCCGCACCUGAUGAGCCAGCCGCCUCCAAAUGCGGCAGCUCCGCUGCUCUCUCAACCACCACCUAAUGUGCGCCAGCAGCCGCCGCCAAUGUUUCAGCCACCUGGCAUGCAGCCGCCUCCAGGGUUCGGGCAGCCGCCGUUCUGCAUGCCUCCGCCGGCGUACGGGUUUCCCGGUGGAGCGGCUCCAGCAGGUGCGCCCUGGGGAGUGGGACUGCCGCCUUGGCAGCAACAACAGCAGCACAUGCACGGCCAGGAUAAGCCAGCCAAGUCGUUGAUCAUCAAGCCGGGUGUUAUUGAUCCGGCGGUUAUUGCACGGGCGGCUGAGUGGUCAGAGCAUCGGGCUCCCGAUGGCAGACCGUACUAUUUCCAUGCCGGUCGAGGAGAGAGCGUUUGGGAAAAGCCACAGGCGUUGAGGGACAUGGAGGCCGCCCGCAUGGCUGCCCACUCUGGCGUGGCGCCCGCUGUGGCAACGGCUCCGACGGGACUACCGCCCCACCUGCUGCCCAAUCCUAUGAUGCAUUUGCCUCCGGGCUCAGCGCCACCAGGAUUUGAUCCGCAUGCUGCCUUUGCGGCCGCAGCUGCAGCGAUGAAAGCUAACACGGAGAACACCAAGGCAGCACAGGCUGCUGCUCUAGAGAAGGAGGCUAAGAAGGCUGCGGAGGAGAAGCGGAAGAAGGAGGAGGAGCAGAAGAAGGCCGCGGCCACCGCGAAGCAGACGGAUAAGAGUCGGCCGGUGACAAGUACACCCAUCGCUGGAACUCCCUGGUGUGUUGUGUGGACAGGAGAUGCCCGCGUCUUCUUCUACAAUCCCUCGACUAGGACUUCGGUUUGGGAUCGCCCUGAGGAUCUAAUGAAUCGCGAGGACGUCGACAAGGCGGUAAACGAGCGCCCCGAGCAACUUAAAACCCCCCAGGAGAAGUCAGCCGAAGCGGAACAGAAAUCCAGCGAGGAGGCCACACAGGAACAGGCUCAAGUUCAGGCCCAGGUGCAGCAGCAAGACCAUGUGCAACGGAUUGAACCAGAUGAUGACGACGACGACGAGGUGAUCAAGAUUCGCACCGAGUCCGAGUCCAGUGUGGAAGAGGUGCCCACAAAACGAGUUCGAAUGAUUUCGAAAUCAAAGCGGGCUGAGGAUGCCGCUCUAGAGGCUGAGCAGCGGGCGGCUAAGGAACGGGCUCUGGUGCCCUUGGAGAUGCGAGUCACCCAGUUCAAGGAGAUGCUUAGAGAGAAGGACGUAUCGGCUUUCAGCACCUGGGAGAAGGAGCUUCACAAGAUCGUGUUCGAUCCGCGGUAUUUACUUCUGACUUCGAAGGAACGCAAACAGGUAUUUGAAAAGUAUGUCAAGGAUCGGGCCGAGGAGGAGCGUAAGGAAAAGCGAAACAAGAUGCGCCAGAAGCGGGAGGACUUCCGCAGCCUAAUGGAAGAGGCCAGGCUGCACGGCAAAUCCUCAUUCUCAGAGUUCAGCCAGAAGAACGCGAAGGAAGAGCGGUACCGGGCCAUUGAGAAGGUUCGCGAGCGGGAAAGCCUCUUCAACGAGUACAUCGUGGAGGUGCGGCGCCGCGAGAAGGAGGACAAGCAGCUGAAGAAAGAGCAGAUCCGCAAGGACUUCCUGGAUAUGCUGCGGGAGCGACACGACAUCGAGCGCCACACCCGGUGGUACGACAUCAAGAAGAAGUUUGAGUCCGAUCCCCGCUACAGGAUGGUGGACUCGCUGUACCGGGAGGAGUACUUCGAGGAUUACCUACACAUAAUGAAGGAGGAGAAGCGGAAGGAGCGUGAGCUGCGAGAGCAAAGGGAACGAGAGCGCCAUCGCGAACGAAAAUCGGAUCGACGGGAUAGGGACAAGGACAAGGAAAGGGAAAAGGAUAAGGACAAGGACAAGGGUCGGAAGGAUCGAGGUCGCAGUCGUUCGAGGGACAAGGACCGCGAGCGCAAGUCGUCCAAGGAAAAGGAAAAGAACAAGGAGGAAAAGACCAAAUCGGAACGGAACAAGAAACGAGAUACUCCAGAGGAGGGAGAGCAUCCCGAGGAGUCCGAAAGGGAGGAGCGAGCGGGGAGCGAUGACAGCGAAGUUGCUCGCCAAAGGGAAAGCGAGGCUGAGCAAAAGCAGAAGGAGCGCGAAAAAAAGCUAAGGGCCGAGCAGAGCAUCCGGGAGCGCGAGAAGGAGGUGCAGCGCACCCUGGCUGGGCAUCUGAGGGAUCGGGACAAGGAGCGCGAGCACCACAUGCGUGAAGAGUGCAUCGGACACUUUACGGCUCUGCUGACGGAUCUGGUGCGAACGCCGGAUUUCACAUGGAAAGAGGUCAAGCGACAGUUACGAAAGGAUCAUCGCUGGGAACUGAUCGAGACUCUCGAUCGAGAAGAUCGCGAGCGAAAAUUCAACGAACACAUUGACAAUCUGAUGAAGAAAAAGCGAGAACGUUUCAGAGAAAUGCUGGACGAGAUUGGAACUCUGCAGCUCACGAGCACUUGGAAGGAAAUUAAGAAGCUCAUCAAGGAGGACCCACGAUAUCUAAAAUACAAUUCGGACAAGGGCGAGCGAGAGUUCCGCGACUACAUCAAAGAUAAAACAAUGUCAGCGAAGACUUCUCUUCGGGAACUCUUGCAAGAAUGCAAAUUUAUUACCCACAAGAGCACCGAUCUCAUUAAGGAAAAUCCCAAUCAUCUCAAGGAGAUCCAGGACAUACUGAAGAACGACAAGCGCUAUUUGGUGCUGGAUCACAUGGAAGAGGAGAGGAAUACUAUUGUACUCGGCUUCUUGGAGGAGCUUAACAAGCGCGGACCGCCGCCACCACCCACAGCUUCUGAGUCAACACGCCGCAACAAGUAGUGACACUAUACAACAAAUUCUACAACUAUUCAAUUUAAUCAUAACAAUUAAAUUAUUAUACUAAGUAGAAGUUAUCUAACUUCUAAUAUUUUAAAUGAAUAAAAUAUACAAAUUAAUUCAAUUUUAAAGAAUAACACA